AUGUGCUUCGAAGACGACGGGCCUUCACUUUCAAUGUCCUUCACUCGUCUGCUCAGUACUCUCUCGCUUGUCCUGGUCGUCUCCGCUGGCAAUCUUGUCCAGUACGAGCAACGUAAAAGUGCUCCCGUUGGCUUCACCAGCAAAGGACCAGCUGGCGACGACCACCCGCUCACUCUUAGCUUUGGGUUAGCGUCAAACAAUAUCGCAGGUCUGCACGAGAAACUUGCAUCCAUAUCCAAGCCCGGAAAUCCCGACUUUCGAAAAUGGCUCAGCGCAGACGAGGUCAAAUCUUUCGUCGCGCCGUCCGAUGAAGCAGUGAAGGCAUUCAACUCAUUCGCGUCAGCAAAUGGACUCAAGACCACUUCUACUUCACCAUUCGGGGAGUGGGUGACCGUCUCGUUACCAGUGGCGAAAGCCAACAAACUGUUCGGCGCCAAAUACACCAACUUCACACACGCAGACGUUCCUGAACCAAUAAUGCGAACGCUCUCAAUGUCGCUGCCUUCAGAACUUGUCGGUCAUAUUGACGUUGUUCAUCCCAGCACGGCUUUCACAGUACCAAACACGCGCCCUCGAAAGUCCAUUCAAUUUGAUGGUGCACCCAAGCGCGAGGCCACAGCGCCUGAAAGCUGCAACGUCAAUGACAGCAACCCUGGAAAUGUUCUCACUCCGGCCUGCCUCCAAGCCCUGUACAACAUUCCAACCACCCCAGCGACGCAAGAGAACAAUCCUCUUCUUGUAACCGGGUACGCCAACGAAUGGGCCCAAAUAAACGACUUGCAGUCGUUUAUGAAAGAAUUCCGCCCUGAUUACCCUGCUGGCGCUAACCAGACUUUCCUUCGUCUCGCGAUCGACGGUGGAACCAACCCGCAAUGGCCUGGCGCUGCCGGGAUCGAAGCUCAACUCGAUGUUGAGUAUGCUGCUGGUAUUGCUACUGGUGUUCCCCUGCAUUUCCUCACCGUGGGUGGGUGGGAUUUCUCGAAAGCUUUGUUCGACACCACAGCCUACGUGGCCAGCAGUCCUGUGCCUCCGACGGUCAUGACCACAUCUUAUGGUGACCAGGAGGCGAAUUUCGGACCCGCAUUGGCCACUAAAAUCUGCGAUGGCUAUGCUGCUGCAUCUGCGCGAGGCGUUUCAAUUCUCUUUGCCUCUGGAGACGGUGGUGUGAAUGGGAAUCACGACAGUGGCUUUAACUGCGGGCUCUUCGUCUCUGUUUUCCCUGCCUCCUGUCCAUAUGUGACCACUGUCGGCUCAACCAUCGGCUUCGGCCCUGAGAUUGCGGUCAACUUCACUGGUGGUGGCUUCUCCGAAGUCUUCCCUCAGCCCUCGUAUCAAACUGCCGCUGUCGAUGCCUUCCUCAAGACCAUCCCUGAUGAUUUCCCCAAGUUCAACCGUGCCGGACGAGGCUACCCUGACAUUUCUCUCCAAGGCUGGAACUAUUUGAUAACGGCCAACGAAGAAGUUGGCGCUGUCAGCGGGACCUCUGCUUCCUCGCCGACCGUUGCUGCGAUGAUUUCUCUAGUCAACGACAAGUUGCUUGCGGCCGGCAAACCCGUGCUCGGCUUCCUCAACCCCUUCAUCUACGCGAAUCUCUCUGUCUUCAACGAUGUUGUUACUGGCCACAACUCAGGCUGGCGGUGUCCUGCGACAACAGCUGCUUUUGAUGCAGCGGAAGGCUGGGAUCCCUUAAGCGGUGUUGGCACCCCCGAUUAUGAACGGCUGCUGGCUGCUGCAUUAGCUGGAUGA